GUGCGGUCGAAUGUAAGGAAAGGAGACUUUGUGACAUAACGCGGCUUUGGGUAUGUGAUGUCGUCACGUGACGGCGCACGUCUGAUGGCGCCAGCACGGCGCCGCCCUUUUGUUCAGUCAUGGCGAGUCAGCUACGGAAGCGAAGAUAGGAUUGGCGAUGACUGGCGACGACUCGUGUAUUGUCUUCCUACUCGAUCGAGUGCGACACAUGGCGUCGUGUUCUUCAACGAGCAAACCCCCAGAUCGUCGGCGAAAACUUCUCCUUAUCAGACCCUAAGGCUUCCUCAAACCCACCGGGAAACCCAAUUUUGGGUCCCAUCUGUCAUCUUUCGUCGUUCUCCGCACGCUUCUUCCGCGCGUUCUCCAUUCUUCGAUAUGGUUUGUGAUGCAGACUGAUCAUGAGCGGUAGGACGCCGCAACACGCGCCGCGAUGCAGUAAUGUAGAAUGACAACCGCUGCUGCGGUUUGUGCUGCGGUUUUUCCUUCUUGGGGGUGAUGCUGCCCAGGGUCUGUCCGGUUCGCUCGGCACGAUCUCUACGCCCGUUGUCCGUUUUUAGCAUACGAAACUAACUCCAGGCCCGUUGCGCAGGAAGCCUGCGGACACUUGCCUUCCAGAAAUCCAACUUGCGCAUCACUCGACCUGGAGCAAGCCAAGGUCCCCCGCCCACAUACCCAGACCACCGAAGUGCAUUGUCCCGGUCUUCAUCUAAUGGACGAUCCCACGCACUGUCCCGGCGUCUCUGCAUCCGACAUGCCGUCUCCUCGACAUCGCCGCAUAAGGAGCGCAAUUCCCAAGGACGUUGGGCUGUGUUAUAGAGUUACAGGGAACGGCGUGAUGACACCACUCUAACCCGCCCACUCCCUCUACCUGCACCAACCAUGGACGCAGUCAACGCGCACCGCGACAACGCCAUCAGCAACCCCUUGUCUCCGCUGGAGGUUCUCGCGCGGACACACGCCAUCCUGUGCACGGUGGGAUUUCUCAUCCUCCUACCUCUCGGUGUCCUCCUCGCUCGAUACGUCCGCACCUUCACCGGCCGCUGGUUCUGGGGCCACGCCAUCCUGCAGCUCGUCAUCUCGGGUCCCGUGAUCUUCGCUGGCUGGGCGGAGGGGCACAAGCUGUCCAAGCAGCUUGGGUUCUUGACUGUGCAUGACCCGCACCAGAAGAUCGGUGUCGCUCUGCUUGCGCUCUAUGUGUUCCAGCUGCUCGUGGGGAUCGUCAUCCACUUCUUCAAGUGCGCGGGUCUCUUCAGAGGCCACCGCCCGCCGCAGAACUACAUCCACGUGCUGCUCGGCUUGACCAUCCUGGCACUGGCCGCCUAUCAAGCGCACUACGGCCUGUACACCGAGUGGAACUACGCCAUCGGGGAGAACCAUGAAGUGCCCGACUCUGCCAAACAUGCUUGGCUUGCUCUCGUCGUGGUCUUCUGGGUGCUCUAUUUCCUGGGCAUGGCGCUCUUCCCCCGUCAGCUCAAGCAGGAAGGCGAAUUCAGAAGUAGAGCACGUGGGGAUUUGAGAGGCAAGGUGCAGGAUGAGGGCACGGCAUCCGCUUGAAGAAUGACGCCCGGCCCCUUCGUACAGUAGAGUCAAGAGUGAGCCGUCCAGCCAAGAACUGUUUAGGGACUUCUCUUAAUUUUUUCUGUUCUGCUGCUACGCGCGUGACUUGUUGAAAUUAACUUGGGAACUUCGAGUUCUCAACCUGAAGUCUUGAACGACGAUACGGUCACGUGUGUACCCGACGUCAAGGGCUCGCGGCCCGGUUGACAUAAAUCCCCUAUCCGCGACAACCAUGACCUCGUUUCCGCUCCACUCCACCAUGCACCAGCCACAUGUCUCUAGCCCUCUUGUGUCCUCUUCCUCCGAAUCCGACAACAGCAGUGAUUCCGAAGCCACGCUCGAAGACCUGGACUGGUCCCAGGAGAAUGCGCUGCAGCGCUUGCCUGGUCCAGGCCCGACGCGCAGCCUGCACACUCAGGGGGUGUCGCAUUCUCGGCCAGAUUCCGCAUGCAGCGAUGUCUCGUGGCGGUCCUCCUCGUCCUCCGAGAACUCUUCCGUCGUGUAUGACAUCGAUUUCGAGUCACUCAUUGACGAACUGAUGAUGGAGGAGCCCUUCCCGUUGAGCGAGUCCCGGAACACGGUCGCCGUCGCCGCAUCACACGACGCCGCUACGGACUCAAUGCUCAUCAAAUAUCUCCAUGAGUCCUCGCCCGAGUUGCUGAUCACACUCCGUCUCAACCAUGACCAAUACCGAGAUGACCCAUGGAACCCUAUCCCCCACAUCCUAUGCGCGGUGCACCGAGACGAUCACGUGUUCCUCUGCCUGCAACGCCUCGUGGAGUUCAACGAGCCUCCACUGAAGAAUGUAGCCAAUUGCGUAGAUUUCUUCCGACAAGUGUUAGAGGGCUUGACGUUUCUCCACGAACAUUCUAUCGGCCAACUAUCGUCAGCUGAAUCUGUCCGGGCCUUCGACCGCACCCUCUAUCCUGUGCGAUACUACCUUACGAACCUGGCAUCUGCAUGCGAGUUGGACUCUCUGACGGACGAGGAAGCAGCAGAGAUCAUGCGCAGAGACGUCCGAGAGUGUGCAGAAAUGAUGGAGAAUGUCGGCGAAUCGAUCCCGGUCAUCUCCACCAAACUCGUCACACUGGUGACGGCCAUGAAGACAGGGACCUUCGACGCAGACGCUUCCCGCAAGCUGUUCGAAGCGCUCUGCAAGUCUCUGCCGUCCGAGGUAUUCGAUCUGCCUGCCGAAAUACAUGUGAGCACGACACACGACCAUACACCGGAAGCCCGAGUGCACGUUCCUGCGAAGCCUGAAAUUCGCUCGUCGCCUUCUGCUCCUCUGCUCCACCAGCGAACCGCCGGCCCGCUGCAUACCAUCAAUCUGCUCAGGAAGCCUAAAUCGAGUUCGAUCACGCCACAGUCGCUCUGUUCUCCACCUCAGUCGAGAUCUGUCCGAUGAGGUAUAUACGAUUUUCCGGAGGGGGCGGAUCAGCGUACCAGUACAUUGAGGUCAUUGUUACUGCUAGAGUUGCUGGUUCGUGGUAGGAAGGAGCGAUCACGUGGGGAAGUGUUUGGUUCCAACUGCAACUUGUAUACGUCAUUAGCAGUCUAGACGCGUCGUCGAAAUGUUUCACACGCACAGCUUAAAGUCAUGAAGUUACACAUGACUUUGGGCACGAACUGGUCUGUUUUUUGUUCCAUGGAGCCUGUGCAGCUGGAUCAGAUGCAUGUGUGAACGCUGAAGGCUGAAUUUUCUUUCGAGUUGCUGGCUAGAGGCUGAGAAGCAAUUGAUCGCCGGGGAAUUGCAUCGAUGUCGUUCUAGAUGAUUAUGCAAGGCAUGUCUUCAUUUGCGACGUACAUACCAAGACCCGAGUGGGUCCGGUCAAGAUCGAGCUAGUUUCGAGAUGAAUGCGGAGAUAAAUCCACUAGGGCUCCUGUAUUUUCUGAUUUUUUCUGUUCAUUUUAGAUCAGAAAUGUUGAAUGUGCAACUAGG